AAACCGACCUAAAAAUGCUUCGGCGAAAGUAAGUCACACCAAAAAAAUGCCUCAAGAGGCUAAGAUAUCUGUCAAUGAGAAGACGUUUAUCCUCAAUGCCCUGCGCGAGGGUAUUCGGCUAGACGGACGACCGCUCGAUGCAUAUCGUAACAUCGAGCUCUCAUUUGGACAGGAAUAUGGCGCGGUCGACGUCAGACUAGGAAAGACACGGGUCGUCGUGAGGAUAUCGUGCGAAGUGGUUGCACCGUAUCCAGACCGCAAGUUCGAGGGCGUCUUCACCAUCACCGCUGAAUUCUCGCCCAUGGCCUCGCCCGCGUUUGAAGCGGGCCGUCCGACUUCAGACGAGGUCAUCUUGUCGCGGAUCUUGGAGAAAGCCAUCCGGCGAAGCUCAGCCCUGGACACGGAAUCGCUGUGCAUCAUCGCGGGCCAGAAGUGUUUUGCCUUGCGAGCUGACAUUCACAUUCUCGAUCACGACGGCAACCUGAUCGACGCGUCCUGCAUUGCGCUCGUCGCAGCUUUGCAACAUUUCAGACGACCAGAUAUCGAGGUCCAGGGCGAGAAAGUCACUGUUUUCACGCCACGUGAGCGCGAACCCGUAGCCUUGUCGAUGCUUCACCAUCCUCUUUGCGUCACCUUUUCUUACUAUGACGCGGGUGCCAUUGUUCUUCAGGACGCCACUCUGGCGGAAGAGCAAGUCCGCGAAGGCGAAGUCGUCGUGACCAUGAACAAGAACGGCGAACUAUGUCAAAUUGCCAAACACGGAGGCGUGCCUGUGGAUGCGUUGCGCAUCGUGGACUGGACAAACAAGGCCUUAGUGAAAGUACAAGCUAUGAGCAAAUUUAUCGAACAGAGAUUGAGGGAGGAUGCUGUAGAAAGGGAUGUUGGAGGGCUCAUGGCGGAACUGGCCGCCGAAAAUGAGAGACCACAAAACCCACCUAUCGAAUGAGAUGUGAAGACUGACGAGAAACUGCGCUAUUCAGUUCAAUUAUGUGUAUUUCAGCUUCGGCGUCGUUUUAUUCAAUUUGACGCUGGGAGGCUUUUCUGUUCAAAAGGAAAUCCUCUAAGCAAUAUCAUCGAAGAGGCUGUGGCGCGUGGGUUUGUGUUGGGCCUCUUUCAAAACCAGUACCAGCAGCAAAAGCAUCACGAGAGCACCAAAUGUUGAGAAUAUCCGAAUCCCUAGGCGCUCAAACUUUGCCAAGGGCGAGCAAGAGCAUUUUAUCACUAUUAAAAGUCCCAAGAAUAAAUCAAGUCAAGAUGCCAGUCCACCAA